AUGAGAGAACAAAAUUUUGAAGAAAGCAAGUUUAAAGAAAUAUUCUACACUACACUUACGCAAGCGUUUCGAAUUGUGAGUCCACAAAUACCACCUCCACAACAACAGCCUUCUUCAGCAGCACCACUACAACCACAACCGUCACAAGUCGUUGCACCCACACCACGCAGGGCAGCUGCGCGACGUUCUGCAACGCCCACCCGCUUCUCGCAAAGGAUUGCAAAUAUUAACCGCCGAAGAAACGAGAGGCCCUCUAAAACUAUUGCGCGUCAACGAAUAUCAGAGUAUUAUCGACGCUAA